AUGGCGAAAGCUUUGAAAAAGUCAUUUAAGGAUAGUUUGGAAGAUAUAAAAGAACGAAUGAAAGAAAAGAGAAAUAAAAAAUGGGCAAGACUGGGUAAAGCAAACCAAGUUUUACCUAUUAAGAGUAAAAUUGCAGAUAAUUCUGCGGCACAAUUGAAAAACUUCCAAGUAAAUAAUCGUGCUUUAGCUUUGGCUUUAGAAGAAGAAAGGAGUAAAAUGAGGGAAGCACAAGAUAUCAUACUGUGUUUAAAGAAAGAAUAUCAGAGCUUGAAGUUUCAGAAUUUUGACCUACAAAAAAAGCUUAAGUUACAGCAAGAAAAACAACAUGCUGAGAAUGGAUUCGUGGUAGUGAAGAAGAUUAUUGCUAAAGUUGUUCAAGAUCUACUCAGUGCAGCAAAUAUUCUUGAUCCCUUAAAUGAUGUCUCUACUGCUGAUUUUAAUACAAUUCAGUAUAACUCUGAAGAUGAGGAAUGUGCUUCUGGAAGUUUAAAGAAGCAUAAUUCUUUGGCACUUCUAAGGCACAUUCUUGCUGUAGAAGUAAGUAAAGAAGAUACAGAUGAAAUACAAGAUAAAGUGGAAAAACUUUAUUAUUCAGAUUCUGACUUAAAUUUCUGUGAUGUCAUUGACAAUACAUCUUCAGUGUCUCAGAUAGAUACAGGUUACCAGAAUUAUUCCUGUGAAGAUCAUCCAUAUCAUGUAAACUCUGGGAGCAGAAUUAUUUCAGUUGAAGACAGGCAAACUGAUUAUUCUGUACCUAAAAAUGUUUCUACCCGUCGUCGUUAUUUAAAAAUUAAUUCCCUCCAUGAAGUCCUUGAAUUACAAGAUGGCAUUCCAGAUAUCAAUGUUGAUCUUUCCUGUUCAAAGAAUAAUGAAAAUUCUGAAGAAAUAUCUAUUAGUCAGGAGGACAAGCAUAGUGUAAACAUUGAUAAAAGUGAAUCAGAUAUGCAAAUUGAAUCUGAUAAAAGUGGAUCAGAUACACAAAUUGAAAAGGCCAUAGCUUUUUCAGAACAAAGUAAUUUUAAUAAUACUGGUGGCUUUAAAAGUCAGAAAGGGAAGGGUCAGAAGAGAAAGUUGGUAACCACAAAAAAUGUGUCCAAGGUAAGAUCCAACAAAGACAAAAACUGCAAUAAGCAUGCAGGACCUAAACAAAAAGCAAAUACACCCAUUCAUUCCAAUGAUGCUUAUGAUUUUAUUAGUGAAGAGUCUGUUCAUAUAACACCUUUCCGGCAAAACAAACAAAAUGAACAUGUUGAUGACAAAGAUUAUACAGAAGGAGAAAUCUGCAGUGGUGAAUCUUCUGUUUCAGAAGAAGAUCCUGAUGAUAGUCUCUAUGUGCCUUAUUCAAAAAAAUCAAAAUCCAAUGAAACUUUAAAUACUGGAACAGAUGUAAUCCCACUACGCACAAAGUCACGAUCAAAGAAAACUGUGUCUGAGCAACAUGAUAUAAAUCCUAAAGGGAAAAACAGGAAUACCAAGACACUUGAAUCUCAUUUGGAUGAAUCAUCUGAGGCACUUCAAAAACAUCAUCUCAAUGAUAUUACCAAUGUUGCAUCAACUUCUUACCAAACAAGAAUUUCUCACCUAGACUUCAGUACUGCAGCAAAAGAUGCUACUCAUCAAAGACGUAGAAGUACAAGUUAUGUGAGUUACAAGGAGCCAAGUCUCAGUGGGAAACUCAGAAGAGGAGACCCAUUUACAGAUACCAGCUUUCUGAACUCUCCCAUUUUUAAAGAGAGAAAGAACACCAAAUCGAAAUCGCUUAAUAAAAAGUUGCUGUCCAGAUAUAACGAAGCAUUUGUUGGCUAUUAAGAUACUUUUCAUGGAGUAUACUUAGCUUCUCAUUUAUAUUAUGCUGAAAGUUUAUGAACUAAAAUUGUGGAGAUGGAGCUUAUGCAUGUUUCUGAUCUAGGCUUAUGAAUACUUUGCUAAUAUUUUAUCAUACAUACACUGCCUUCCAGAAUUUAUCUAUUCAGAAAGAUAUGAAUAACCUAUUUUAAUAGGAGCUACAUCCUGAACAUGAUAGAAAAUA